GUCCUGGCCGUCCCUAAACCUCUUUUCCUCGAGUUUUUCUCGGGAGCUCCGUGUGAGACACCAGCUAUCGGGCGGCACGGCGAGCAUCGCGCACCUGUAACAUCGACUCCCCCCGACACCCACAGUUCAGUAAAGGCGUUUAGCACAAAUGUGACGUUUGGCACCAAGAAAGCCUCUUCUUUCUCUGACCGGAUUGGUUGCGAUCUCAAGUCAUCUUAGACCUUACAGGUUUCUAAAUUUGAUCUCGCGGAUAAGGAGUGUAAUUUCAGACUAAAGAGGAUUAUCGUUAAGCGAGCGUGAGCACGAGCGCCGGGCGGCAGACAGCGGCGCGGUCACCUUGUGCUUGAAGUGUGUCGCGGUGAUGCGGGCGCGGCCGAGCGGGCAGCGGAGAGUCACUUCGUUUCGCAGUUGGCAGUUCAAGGAUGAGGUUCCGAUGUAUUUCCCGAGACUCGGCUAACUAAGCCCUGCCUGGGGAAUGAGGGCAAUGGCAGAAAGAAGUGGCUUGGGCUCCAAUGCGGACUGGAUGGGCUCCCUGCCCUCUUCUCUCACCUCUCUGCUGCUCAAACAUUUGGCCGUUCCAGGUUCACAUGACUCCUUCAGCUACUGGGUAGAUGAGAAAGCUCCAGUAGGACCCGACCAGGCACCCGCAGUCAAACGACUUACUGGAGUUUUUCGAUCUCUGGGAAAAAAAGUGAUGAAGAAGUGGUCCAUGACUCAAAAUCUAACAUUUCAUGAGCAGCUGGAGGCCGGCAUACGGUAUUUCGAUUUACGUGUGUCUUCAAAACCAGGAGAACCCGGUCAUGAGAUUUAUUUCAUUCAUGGACUCUUUGGCAUUAAGGUGCAUGAAGGACUAGUGGAGAUCAAUAACUUUUUGAGUGCCCACCCCAAAGAGGUGGUGUUCUUAGAUUUUAAUCAUCAUUAUGCAAUGAAUGAAAGACACCACAAAUAUCUCAUCACAAUGUUGCAGGAGGUUUUUGGGCAAAAAUUGUGCAAAACGGAAUGUGUUGAGGAAAUAACACUGGAGUAUCUGUGGGAAAAAAAAUAUCAGGUGCUUGUGUUUUAUCAUCAUCCUGCAGCAGAAGAAUGUCCAUAUAUGUGGCCAGGAAACAGAAUUCCAGCCCCGUGGGCCAAUACUACAGAUGCAUAUAAACUCAUACAGUUUUUGGAAACAACGCUGGGCGAAAGAGCAAAAUAUGGAACAUUUCAUGUGUCUCAAGCAAUUCUGACCCCAAGGGUGAGGACAGUUGUUCGUGGACUUAUCAAGGGGCUACGGAAAUAUCUGGUUGAAAGGAACCUUCCUACCAUCAUGGAGUGGGUGCGAGCACAAAAGCCUGGGACCAAUGGUGUCAACAUCAUUACGUCAGACUUUGUUGAUCUGGUGGAUUUCGCUACGACUGUUAUCCAGCUGAACAAUUUGCUACUUCCUCAGAAGGCAAUUAAAUAAAACUGUCAUAUUGUUCAGCAACAGUGCAAAUUCUUAAUUCUGCUUUGUCAGAUUCUUUAAAACAUUCAUAUUUUCUUACAAAAUGAAGAAGAAAAAGUAUAACUGGAACCAAGUGUUUGCUCUGAUGUGGUAUACACUUCAGUAUAUGACAUGGUAAUGAAAUGCAGUCGGUCGAUUAGUGAAGUCUCUAAUCUCAUUGUGUAAACAUGAUCUUAACCGCACCACUUAUGAUAUUCACUAGAAAUUAAGGGAGCCCAGUGGAACAGCGGUCUUUGUGACUUCCCUACUACUCCAGGCACACGAAUUUGGUUCCUUUUGCACAUUCUGCUAUGUGGGGCUUCUCCAGGCACUCCGAGAUCCUGGAUGUACAAGUGAGUGAGUGUGGGUGUGUGAGUGACUGACAACUCAAGCAUACUUUACACAUAAAAGUCUCAAAGGAUUGUGGGGUCCAAAAAAGAG